CUAAGAGGCUGGAUGGCACUCCACCCUGUUCGGCCUGAGGGGAAGCAGAUCCGCUGGCGGCCGCUCCCAGCGCUCCUCCACAUCAGCGGCCAUGGCCCAGCAGAGAGACGGCCUCAGCACGGAGAUGGACUCAGCCCAGAUUCAGGAGCUGUGCAUCAUUUUUCUGAAGCAGUGUCCCAGCGGGGCUCUGCACCUGCAUGAGUUCAAGAGGAUCUUUGGGGUUCAGAGCGGAUCCUCGGAGGAGUCCAUCUUCCUGGAAACCAUUUUCAGAUCCUUCGACACCAACCAGGACAAUACUUUAGACUUCCUUGAGUACGUCUCUGCGCUCAACUUGAUCCUACGAGGGAAUCUUGAAGACCGACUCAAGUGGUCCUUUAAGUUGUACGACAAGGAUGGGAAUGGGAAACUGGACCGGCAGGAGGUGACCCGCAUCAUCAGGAUUCUUUACAAAAUCAAGCUGCAGAGAGGGGAGAUCGACAUGACGCCGUCCCAGAUCUGCGACAGACUCUUCCAGCUGGUCGACCAGAACAACGAUGGUCAGAUCAGCCUGGCUGAGUUCAUGGAGGGGGCGCAGAAGGACGAAUGGGUCAGGGACCUGCUGAAGCUGGAUGUCAACAUUGGCGGCUGGGUGAUCCAGAACUGCACAAAGAUCCCGUGACCUCUGUCCGUGUGGACAGGUGUGUUGGUUCUGAUGGUCAGGUGCUGUCGGGCUCACACUGUCACUCUGUGUUAACGCUCCUGGUUUCUGGGGGGGCAGCAGGUGCCCAGUGACAGAGCUCUUAGCUCAGAUCUCUGCUAAAUGCAGUGAUCCAGCUUAGUACAGCUUCCUUAACCAUGUGACUUCUGUCAGAAGGACUGCUUUGCCCGUAAACCGCAACCUUUACCUUGAAACUCUCAAGUUUUUUUUUUUUUUUUAGCAUUGUUGUGAUGAACGGCAGAGAAUUUUUAAACUUUGAAAGAAACAUUUAAGUUGAAUUGAACCUUUUUCUGCUGUCAUCUAGAAGCAGAACAGACAUUCUGAUGGUAGCUUACAUUCAUUCCCUAAAACAUGAAGGCUUUUAUCAUUGCAGUUUAAAGAAUAUUAUCUAAUACAAAGCAUUAUUGGAUUCUAUCACGUCCAUCUAUGUGACAAAAAAAGACACAGUGUGUAUAAUAUGUGUCAGGUUGUGACUCCUUCAAGCGGCGUUUCCUGAAGAAGCGUGGGCGUGACCAUGAGGCAGCAAGUCGACCUCCAGUAUCAGGCAGGUUUGAAAGCCGGGGUAACUGGAGCCUGCUCAGUUUACCAGGUACCCCUGUCCUCGCCUUGACUGUUUCACCGCUGACUCCUGCACUUUUGACUUACACAGUGCACAUCUCUAUACUAUAUGUAUUGUUUUAUUAUAUAUUAAUUUGUCAUGUUUAUAUGAAGAUGUUGUGAUUUCAGUGUGGAAAUUCGCCUUUUAAUGUGCUUUGGUCUGUUGGCGAGAAUAUAUCAAAUAAACAAACCAAUAGGCGGCUCAUUAGAAAUGACCAAGUUCUGUGUGUGGUCAAAGUGGGUGUGGCUUGAUUGCUGAUGGGUGACCAUUGAAACCUCAGCUCAGGACCAGUGUGACAAAGACGCGUCUAGGAGGCAUUUUCUAAGUAAAGGUUUUGAAACAUCACGGAGAUUAAAAACAAAACAAAAAAAACAGCAACUGGCAUCACACACCGUCUGUCCACCUGCAGACAGGUUCUGGUUCUGACCCAAAUAUGUCAUCUCCCAUUUCAAUAAUACUAUAAGUCAUAAAAAAUGUAUGUAUACGAAUGGCUCUCUGGUUCACAAAAAGCAAAAAAAGAAUUAUUAAAGGAAUAAAUAUGUUUCAGUUUUUUAUUUACUUAUGUGAAAAUGUGAAUCCCUACUUUUAUUUCUGCUUAAGAAGUCUAAAAGACUUUUUAAAAUUCAGAGCAAACCAAUGGUUGAAUUUUAACUGUGUAUUUAUGUCAUUAAUAAAAAAUCUUUCUCGUCA